AUCUCUAUGAACACAGCAGCAAGCAGUCUAACAGCCAGUGCUGCAAGCAGACUUGCUGAAAGCUCUGAAGACCUGAAGGUUUUCUGCAAUCUGUGGAGCGUUAAGAAUACAGAUAGAUGAAAUGCAUGUUGAUUCUAUUACUUGGAUGCUCUAUCAUGUAUUAUAAUUUUUAAAGAGAAUUGUGCUUGAUCUGGGGGUACACUCACAGAAGGUCACAUAGGAUUAUGGUGGGUUUUUUUGGUUCAUUGAAGACUGGAGUGGUAUCUGUUUUAGGAUUUAAAAAUUAUAUUUCAUGGGAACCAGCUGGUGCUCUGUGGAAGCCAUUGGACAUUCAUUUACUUUCCUCUGAAUGGAAUUUAAGUGUCUUCUUACUAUCAAGUGAGCAAGAACAUAUAUGCAAAAUUAAUUCAUUUUUCACAGUAAGAAAAAUGGAUAUAGUGUGUUAGGACAGUUGUAGGGGACUUAGCACUGAAAAAGAGAUGCUUUUCCUCUCUUUUUUGAAAAAGCUAAGCAAAGACUGAGAACAGGGGGAAAUAACAUAGUUGAUUUUUCUGUAAGUUUUCCAAUCCUAUUUUAAUGUACAAUAAGUUGUUUUUAUUAUGAUCUGCUGGGAGGGCGAUGUAUGAUGUGGACUGGAUUUUUCUCAUUCAUGUUUGUUGUGGUAAAACAUGCUGAGGAAACACUGUGACAUGGAGAAACAAGAAAUAUGGAAAAAGUAAUAGCAGGGCAGAGUCAUGUUUUUUCCCCUUCUUUCCUUUCCUGAGUAUAAUGAUUCAUGAGGUAGAGACAUGACAAGUCAAACCUGCUUUCCAGGACACAAAUUCAGUGAAGACUUUGCUGGGUACAAUCAACUUGGCUUUAUUCACAAAAGCAGUUCUUUUGCCUGUACGCUCUGUUCAGUGGAAAGCAUUGGUUCAAUCAUGUGUGAUUAUUAGGUAGGGAGAAGGAAGAAAGAACACUCACCAUGGGGUACAAUGGAAGCUGGAUUUCAAGAAAUGAAAGUGACCAUGCCCUCUAUCAGGAUGUCACCAGAGCUUUAGAAAUUAGGAAUGUGUCUAAUACACAAAUUGUGUGGAACAAUAGAAGCUACAAUGGGAUCGGACACUUGGAAAAUGGGGAGUACAUUGAGGAGCAAACCUACAGACAUUUCACUACCACUGUGCAAAUUGUCAUCUUUAUAGGCUCUCUACUGGGAAACUUCAUGGUGCUGUGGUCGACCUGCAGAACAUCAGUAUUUAAAUCAGUAACAAACCGCUUCAUUAAGAACUUGGCCUGCUCUGGGAUCUGUGCCAGUCUAGUCUGUGUGCCUUUUGAUAUUGUCCUUAGUGCCAGUCCACACUGCUGUUGGUGGAUCUACACCAUGCUCUUCUGUAAAAUUGUCAAGUUCUUGCAUAAAGUCUUCUGCUCAGUGACCAUCCUUAGUUUUCCUGCCAUUGCUUUGGACAGGUACUACUCAGUUUUAUACCCAUUGGAAAGAAAGAUAUCUGAUGCGAAGUCUCGAGACCUGGUUAUCUACAUCUGGGCCCAUGCCGUGGUGGCCAGCAUUCCUGUAUUUGCUGUGACCAAUGUUUCUGAUAUUUAUGCCAUGUCCACCUGCACAGGAUCCUGGAGCUACUCCCUAGGCCACUUGGUGUAUGUCAUUAUUUAUAACAUCACCACUGUUAUUGUACCAGUGGCCGUGGUGUUUUUUUUUAUGAUUCUUAUCCGCAGAGCACUGAGUGCCAGCCAAAAGAAAAAAGUCAUCAUAGCUGCCUUAAGAACCCCUCAGAACACUAUUUCUAUUCCCUAUGCCUCCCAGAGAGAAGCUGAGCUUCAUGCCAUGCUGCUCUCUAUGGUUAUGAUCUUUAUUUUCUGCAGUGUUCCCUACGUGACUCUGGUGAUUUACCGCACCAUACUCAACAUACCAGAUAUUUCAGUCUUCUUGUUCCUCACUGCCAUCUGGUUGCCUAAAGUCUCCCUGCUAGCCAAUCCUUUGCUCUUUUUGACUGUAAACAAAUCUGUACGGAAGUGCUUAGUGGGGACAAUAGUGCAGCUACACCGGAGGUAUAGUAGGAGGAACAUUAUCAGCGCUGGGAGUGUUGCAGAUACCAACUUGGAGCCCAAUGUCCGCUCUGGUAGCCAGCUUCUGGAGAUGUUUCACAUUGGGCAGCAGCAAAUCUUCAAGCCAACAGAGGAUGAUGAGGAGAAUGAAACAAAAUCCAUUGGUUCUGGUGACUUUCAGCAAAAGGAAAUCCCUACCACCAGUUUAGAGGUAGAACAGACGUUAGUUCAGAAAUGUCUACAACACACCAUUGCAGACUCAGCUGCUCAGGUGGCCCCUGCCAUGCCAACAGAAGCAGAUCUGGUUAAUGACAAAUAUUCAAUGCAGUUUGGCUUUGGGCCUUUUGAGUUGCCUCCACAGUGGCUCUCAGAAAAUCGGAAUAGUAAGAAGCGACUGCUGCCUCCCUUGGGGAAUACCCCUGAAGAGCUCAUCCAGACAAAGCAGCCCAAGUGUAAAGCAGAAAGAAAAAUCAGCAGGAACAAUAAAGUCAGUAUCUUUCCCAAGGUGGAUUCCUAGUAGGAACAGGAGCUCUGAAUAACAAAGGAAGGCCACUUUCUACUGUACAUGUGAUCCCAUGGAUCAUUGUUAUGCUGAAAUUUGUUACAGCCUGAUUUUUGUGCCAAAUACAUAAAAAAACAAAAGGGAAACAUAUAACAGAAGUGUUCCUUAUGAAUGUGUUUUCAUUAAAUAUCUACUGAUGUCAUUCCUGCUUUAUUUGUGAAAUCCAGACAGCAGUACAGGUCUGAUUCACUUCCAAAGGGUAUGUAUGGCUUUGUGUACAUUUCCUGUGAAACUUUCAUGUUGUGGUCUGGCAGCUGAUUUACUGGGAACUUCAGUGUUUAGUAGAAUGAAAACAUAACUAUUCUGUGUUGCAGCAGCAAGCCAAUAGGCAGGACUUCAGGGAGCACAAAAUAGCUAGGCCAUGCCCCUUCUACACAAAAGUGGACACAGCAAGUUUCUGAGAGUUUCAUUAAUGAAAUAUAAAAAUAUGUCCUUUCUCUUUAGCUGACCUCUUACAGCAAAGUAAAAAAAAAAUGCCAUGUCAGGAACAGCCCAUAGAUUUCUUAUACAUGUUGCUCUUCUCUUCCUUUUGUAGCUCAGUUACUUUCUCAGUUAAAGUAUGCUCACUUUUGGCUUAAAAAGGAUCAACUAGCAUGAGGAAGCCCAAUUUGUGGUAUAGGAGGCCUCCCAAAUUGUUUAAAAAUUAACAGAAAAAAACUUCUAAAAUAGUAAUUUCCUCCCUUUAAAAACAAAUGCAUUCCUGUAGUUUAAUGAAAAGUAGACUGUAGACCAUGUGAUACAGUUUCUUCCCAAAGGAGCAUGCAUAGAUGUGCUGAGGGCAUGAGCCAAUGGCAGUUAGAUCCCAUGGUGAUGUGCAUGGCGCAUAUGCCUAUGGGGUGCAUGAUUUCGGCAUGCUGUAAACAGCCAGAGUCCUGGGUAAAUAUGGGCCUGCAGAGUGGACUGCUUGUGCCCUCUUCUUUUGACUGUUUUGUGAAAACACAAGGCAUUGCCUUUAUUUGCCUGCAUUUCCCAAGGUGCAGAAAUGCUAAUACCUUGCAAAAAAGUGAUGUUGCAGCAAGCUGAUGAUUAGCCGCCGAAUGGAAUAAAUGUAAGUGCCAUUCUUUCCCUUUGGCGGGAGUAGGGAGACAUCACAACCCCUAAAUUUCCUUUUAGUGGUGGGCAUAAACCCCAAAUAUGCUAAUUGUAAUUUACACCACUCAUCUCUUACUAGAUCAUCCAAUGUAUGACUUUCACAGCAGAUUUCCACUCCUGGUGCCUAAAUCCUUUGUGAAUCAGAACCAAACUGUCCAUUCUAUCAACAAGCUAGUCUAUCUAGGAGUGCUCAGGCAUUGUACUGUAGCUCACCUUCCUCCUUGAUUACAGAUGUAUUGUUUUGCGUGUCUUGAAUGUGAAUUUUAAACUGUGACAGUCUGUAAGACAACCUUAAAACUACUGUACCCCUGGAACUUUAAUCCUUAUUCAGUUGCAAGCAGCCCUUCCUUUCUUCCAUCUCUGCAUUUGCUGUUGUCUCACACUGUAGUUUAUCAAAAGCACAGAGUGAUGAUACCCUAGUACUCUUUGUGCGCACUUGUUCUCUGUCUGUAGUUUAGAUCUUUGGUGCAUGCCAAGCCCUCACCUGUAGCCUACUGCCUGUUUAGUAAGUAGUUUUCUUUAAAAUGUAUUGUCUAGUUUAAAAUAACUUGCCAAAUCUGACCAUCCCAGUGUUAAAGAAAGAAAAAAUUCUGCCUAGGUAGAGCUUGAUGAAUAACUGUUCUUCCUUAGACACAUCUGAAGCAGGACAGUGGUUUCAGAGGGAGCUAAGGGUGAUUCAUGUCUACAAGUCACUCAAAGCAAACAUUUUAACAAAAAUGUGAAGAGUGGUUUUUAAACUCCAUUGUAAACAAUAUUUCUCAUCCUCUCCUUUUAGGUUUGUUGCUAUGCUAGUUUAGGGGUUCUCAGUCUGGGGGCCACAACCCCAGAUGGGUCACAAACAGGUCACAACCACCCUGCUCUUCCGAUUUAGCUAUAUGGGAAUGGGGUCUGGCUAGUGGAAGGGAGUGGAAGGUCCCAGGAUGGAAAAUGUUGAGAAUCACCAUUGCUAGUUAUAUUUUGUAAGUGUUGAUAAAAUAUUACAAUGGAAUGUGUGUUUGUUUUUUCAGAGUUACUAAAUCAGCAGCCUUUAUUAACAACACAUCUAAAAAAGAAAGCUGUCAGCUGCUGCAACUUUCUUAUAAGCUUUUGGUUAAAUUAAACAUUUGUGGUCUACUUCCUAGUAGGCAUGAGCCAAAGCCAGCAGUCUUCAUCUGAACCUUUCCCCUUCCUCCAAACUUGGGACUUCACAUAAAAUGGAACCCAGCUCUGAACCUCCCUUGGAAAAACAAAGCCACCCUUGGUUUUGCCCUUUCCUACUUUCACGUUCAAUAUAACAAUGAUAAACAUGGAGUCAAAUUCAAUAGACUUACAUCAGGCAUGAAUUUGACCUUUUUAAUCCUGGAUUGUUUUGGAGGGUGACUGGGUUUGGUUGUUUUUCAUUAUGAAGACAAACAGAUAUGUUUCCAUUCACACUGAAUGUAUUUAGAAGCUGGCUUGUAUUUUUUUCAAACUGCCACUUGGGACACUGCAUUGUUUCAGGAAA